UUGAAGAAAAAAAGUUUGAAAUUGAAGAUGACUCUGAAUGACAGAAACAUGGUGGAACCAUCAACCAGGAGGCAUGAAAUAUGGUGCGAUGGAACAAGAAUUGAAACCAUAGUUACUAACGAAGAAAACAUCGUUGAACAAUGGCUUUCAUCAACAUAUGCUCUCAAACAAAAAGUUGUUGGUCUUGACACUGAAUGGAUGCAUGUUCCGAAGGCUUCCACCAAGAAGGCUACCAUGAAAGUUGCAAUUUUGCAACUUUGCGUUGAAGAUAGGUGUUUGAUCGUUCAAUUGUUCUUCAUGAAGAAUAUUCCUCCUUCUCUCCAGAGCUUUAUGAUGGAUGCUUCCUUUGUGUUCGUUGGGGUUGGAGUGAUGAAUGACAUUAGUAUGCUUAAGAAGAACUAUGGAUUGGAAUGCAAUAAAGGGACAGAUUUGGUUAUGUUGGCAAAGAAAAGAUGGCCUGAAAAAAUCUCUUCUGGGUCACUGAAAUAUCUGGCGAAGGAGUUGGUGGGUCUUGAGAUGGAGAAGUCAAAAGCUGUGGUUACCAGUGAUUGGAAAGCUAAAGAAUUGACUGAAGUUCAGGUCAAAUAUGCAUGCAUUGAUGCUUAUGCCUCUUUCAAGAUUGGAAAAAUGGUGUUAUCAGAUUAA